GUAUGUGUUCUAGUUUUCUAUUUUUUUUUUUCUUUUUUUUUUGGAAAUCUGAUCGAUUGCUGGAUCACUCUACAUCCAUCAACAUUAUAAACCCAUGGUUGAGACAAAGAAAAGACAAGCAGCUUCCGAUCGCUCAGCCAAAAAACAAAAGCAACAACAGCCAUCGGCCAAUGAUCAAAAAGACAUUGAAUUGACCCGACCUGAAGAGGAGAGCGCUACUGCUACGGUCAUCGAUCCCAACGAUAAAAAAAGCAGCCAUACCUCAGCAGACAGUAUUUCGUAUGAUUUCGAAUCCCUUGACUGCUGCGAUAGAACAAAGAACGGCAUUAAAGACAUGGGCUUCACCAAGAUGACCGAAGUCCAAGCUCGUACGAUUCCCCCAUUAAUGGCUGGCCGUGAUGUGCUAGGUGCUGCUAAAACUGGUUCUGGUAAAACUCUUGCCUUCCUUAUUCCCGCCAUUGAAAUUCUCUAUAAACUCAAGUUCAAACCUAGAAACGGCACGGGUGUCAUUAUUGUUUCUCCUACUCGUGAGUUAGCGCUACAAAUCUUUGGUGUAGCAAAAGAUGUAUUGAAAUACCAUCAGCUCACCUUUGGUAUUGUCAUCGGUGGCGCUAAUCGAAAGGCCGAGGCGGAUAAAUUAGUCAAAGGCGUUAAUCUGAUUGUCGCUACUCCGGGUCGAUUAUUGGAUCAUUUGCAGAAUACACGAGGCUUUGUCUUUAAAAACUUGAAGGCUUUGAUUAUUGAUGAAGCAGAUCGUAUUUUAGAAAUUGGUUUUGAAGAUGAAAUGAGACAGAUCGUCAAGAUUUUGCCUUCGGAACGACAAACCAUGUUAUUUUCAGCGACUCAGACAACGAAAGUGACGGAUUUGGCUCGUAUUUCCUUGAAGAAAGGACCGCUCUAUAUCAAUGUGCACGAGAAUCGAGAUACGUCGACAGCAGAUGGACUGGAACAAGGAUAUGUAGUGUGCGAUUCUGAUAGACGAUUUUUGUUACUGUUUACAUUCUUGAGAAAGAAUAUGAAGAAGAAAGUGAUUGUGUUCUUUUCCAGUUGUAAUUCAGUCAAAUACCAUGCGGAAUUGUUAAACUAUAUCGACGUCCCUGUUCUAGCUUUGCAUGGUAAACAAAAACAACAAAAGCGUACGAACACUUUCUUUGAAUACUGUAAUGCGGAAAGAGGUAUUCUUCUCUGUACCGAUGUAGCUGCUAGAGGAUUAGAUAUUCCUGCUGUUGAUUGGAUCGUGCAAUUUGAUCCACCAGAUGACCCUAGAGAUUAUAUUCACCGUGUGGGUCGUACAGCCCGUGCGGGUGGCCGCGGCAAGUCUUUAUUGUUUUUAUUACCCAGCGAAUUAGGCUUUUUAAGAUAUCUCAAGCAUGCCAAAGUCCCUCUGAAUGAAUACCAAUUCCCCGCCAACAAAAUUGCCAAUGUACAAGGACAACUUGAAAAGCUCAUUGAAAAAAAUUAUUACUUGAAUCAAUCCGCCAAAGACGGCUAUCGAUCUUAUAUUCAAGCCUACUCAUCAUUCAGUUUAAAAAAGAUUUUUGAUGUGCAUCAAUUAGAUUUAGCAAAAGUAGCAAAGGCAUUUGGGUUUGCAACACCACCCAAGGUAAACCUAGGCAAUAUCUUACAGAACAAACAAAAGAAUAGGGAUGAAGAAAGUGAAGAUGAUAAAGACGAACCACCAAAAAAGAAGAGCAAAAAGCAUAAGAAAUAAGUUUACCAUUCUGUAAAAAAAAAAAUAUGUAUAUCCUUUAAUAAAUUAAGCAUUUUCAUUGGUCUAAAUUU